GAUGCGUGAAGCGUGACGCGGUCGCAGCGAAGGGCGCGGAGAGGACGAGUUCCGGCAGCUUUCCGAGCUGACUCUCGGAAACGUACCCCACUCGGCCUUUGGUGGGCAGACACUGACUGGUAGCUCAGAGGAGUGGUAGAGCUGUUGCCAUAGUAACUGUGCUACUAGAUGUAGUCAAAGCAUUGACUUGCUUCCUUCAGCAACCCAGAGCUGAACUCCCGCAGGUUCCAGACCCUGAGCUUGGCACAGUGGGGAUCUCUCAAGAUUUAAAGUAGCAUGGAUCUGCCCGUGGAUGAGUGGAAAUCAUACAUACUUCAGAAGUGGUCUUUGCUCCCCAAGUCCAUUCAGGUUACAAUUUCUACAGCAGAGACUUUAAGCGAUCUCUUUCUUCACUCAUCUUCGCUUCUUCAACAGGAGGAUGAGAUGUUUUUAAAAAGGCUUUCUAGAGGUUACCUUGUUGGAAAGGACCCCAAUGCUCCCCUUUUCUACAGAGAAGAAGGAAACAAAAAAUUUCAGAAGAAGGAUUAUAUGGGAGCCACAGUGCUGUACUCUAAGGGAGUAUCGCAUUCAAGGCCCAACUCUGAGGACAUUUCACUGUGUUACGCCAAUCGCUCUGCAGCCCUCUUCCACCUGGGUCAGUAUGAGACAUGCCUUAAAGACAUCGUCAGAGCACAGACGCAUGGAUAUCCAGAGGGAUUGCAACCCAAGUUGCUGUUGCGUAAGGCGGAGUGUCUGGUGACCCUGGGGAGACCACACGAGGCAAGCCAGACCAUCAGUGAUCUUGAAAGUAACUUUGCUGCCAAACCAACCCUAGCAGCUUCCCAAUUUCAGAUUCUGCAGAGAACCCUCUGUCGUCUGAAAGUAAAGGUACAAGAAAAGGAGAAUCUCACAGAAACCUCCCCAGCAGCUCUAACCAAAGCCUUUGAGGAUAUGGACCUAAGGGAAGAGAAUGAACAAAUUUGCAACACAUCAUCAUCUGUCAGCUUAUGUACGGACCCUUUAAAAGGCCGCUAUCUGGUUGCCACAAAAGAUAUUCUCCCAGGAGAGCUUCUGGUGAAAGAGGAGGCUUUUGUGAGUGUCCUUAACCCAGGAGAAAUGCCACCAUGGCAUCAUGGCCUCGAGAGCAAGUGGGAUACCAGAGCUACCAAUGCGGACCUCUACUGUCACCGAUGUUUGAAGCACACUUUGGCCCCAGUUCCCUGUGAUGGAUGCAGUUAUGCCAAGUAUUGCAGCCAAGAGUGUUUGCAGCAGGCCUGGGAUCUCUACCAUAGUAUAGAGUGUUCUCUAGGGGGGCUGCUUCUCACACUGGGUGUUUUUUGCCACAUUGCCCUGAGGUCAACUCUUUUAGCUAGAUUUGAGGAGGCUGGCAAAGUCAUAAAUAAGCUUUGUGGUGAGAUUACUAACAGGGAUAUCUGUUUACCUGAAAGCAAGAAUCUGGCGCAAAUACUCAGUUAUGACCUGGGAGGGGAGAGUAAAAAAAAGGGGAAAACAGUUGAGACCCCAAUUCCUGGGUGUGAUAUUAACGGGAAGUAUGAAAAUAAUUAUAAUGCUGUCUUCAGCCUUUUACCCCAUGCCAGAAACCAUAGCCCUGUGCACAAAUUCCUCUGUGCUCUGAGUGUUUCUGCACUGUGCAGGCAGCUCGAAGCAGCCAGUUUACAGGCCUUCACAACAGGUCUGAAAUCGUCUAAGCUGAAAGCAGCAGCGGCUCCUGUGUUGUAUCCAGAGUUGAAUGUUUGGGGAGUGGCCAUGCUGAGACACAUGUUACAGCUACAGUGUAAUGCUCAGGCGAUAACAACCAUACAGCAAACAGGAUCUGAAGAGAACCUCAUUACCGACAGCAGGCAGGUGCGCCUUGCCACGGGGCUGUUCCCCGUCGUCAGCCUCCUGAACCAUUCCUGCAGCCCCAAUACCAGCGUGUCCUUCACUAGCACCGUCGCCACCGUUCGGGCAUCUCAGCAGAUUGGAAAAGGGCAGGAGAUUCUCCACUGCUAUGGGCCCCACGAGAGCAGGAUGGGUGUUGCCGAGAGGCGCCAGAAGCUGAGGUCUCAGUAUUUCUUUGACUGCAACUGUCCCCCUUGUGAACGUGAGAAGCAGAGACCCUCGCAGGGGCCCAGGUGGGAAGCCUUCUGUUGUCACCGUUGCGGAGCACUCCUGCAGGGAGGUGAUGUUCUGAGCUGUGGCAGCACAUCUUGCACGGAAUCAGUCAGCAGAGAUCACCUAGUCUCUCAGCUACAGGACCUUCAGCAGCAGGUGGGGAUGGCCCGGAAGCUUCUCAGAAAUGGCAAACUAGAGCAAGCCAUUCAGCUGUUGUUGGGAUGCCAGCAUGAUGCUGAGAGCUUCCUGUUGGCGGAACACAGCGUGGUGGGAGAAAUCGAGGAUGACCUGGCCCAGGCCUAUGCUGCCUUAGGGGACUGGGAGAAGUCAGCCACCCAUCUACAGAAGAGUCUCCGAGUGGUUGAGGUUCGCCACGGGCCAUCCAGUGUUGAGAUGGGCCAUGAACUCUUCAAACUGGCCCAAAUCUUCUUCAAUGGGUUUGCAAUACCCGAAGCUCUGAACACAAUACAACAGGCAGAAAAGGUUCUGCUGGUGCACUAUGGCCCUUGGAAUGAUGAGAUCCAGGAGCUACAAAAGAUGAAAUCCUGUUUGUUGGACUUGCCGCCCAUCCCUGUGGGACCCAACGAAUAGGGUCCCAAGGGGACCUUGACCAACAGGAAAGGAGCCCGCGUGGGAGGAGUUAAAGAGGGUCUGUUGCUGCUGAGCUGUCGCCAAACAAUACAGGACUUGCCCGACAGUCACAAGCCUAGUGUAUGAGGGGAGGGGAGGGCUUAGAAAGCUUUGCAGUUGGAGACGUGCUCACCUAUUUUGAUGCAUGUUUCUUGAAGUAGUUGACUGCUCUGCAACAAAAACUCCCGGUUCCCAGAAAAAACUUAAAACUGGUAUCUGGAGAGCCUAAGCCCUUUAAAAGGAUUUUAGCUGAUCUGCAGGCAUCUGGAUGUUAGCCUGGGGUUUUGGCUAGAUGCCACCUCACUAAAUGAUGAUAGUCUGUUUCCCUGGAACAUUCCUAUGGUUUCUAGUAGUAAUGAAAUGUUGUGUACCACUCCAGUGGGAACUUAAACUCUUAAUAGUUGUAUUGUAAUUGAAAAAUAAUUAUAAGCAAGAAAUUAGUGAGGCUCCUUACCUCUGGAGAUAUAGUUUCAUUUAUGGUACCUAGCUUCCU